GGAGGUGAGCUGCGAGCAGUUCACGGCGCCGCGGUCACCGGACACUCCAGCUGGCGGGUCUAAGAGGACAGCGUGUGCACAGCGUGUUGGUGGGACGGCGGUACCGCAGAAAACACCCCGAAGACACUGACCGGGUUGGAGGACUCGCCAUGUCGGACGGUUGUGAGUUUGAAAUCGACGUGGAGAGCCUGGACCCGGACCGGGAGGAGCUUCGGGACUCCUGCAGCCCCGGAGCGGCGACGCUCGGCUCCGACGAGGACGCAGACGGCAGCAGGAGCGCCGACAAGCCGGAGCGCAGCGGCCUGAGCGCCGGCGAGCAGAGGAAGCUGAGCCGGACGCCCAAGUGCGCCCGCUGCCGUAACCACGGGGUAGUGUCGUGUCUGAAGGGCCACAAGCGCUUCUGCCGCUGGAGGGACUGUCAGUGCGCAAACUGUCUGCUGGUGGUGGAGAGACAGCGGGUGAUGGCUGCGCAGGUGGCGCUCAGGAGGCAGCAGGCCACCGAGGAUAAGAAAGGACUGUCCGGGAAACAAAUACCAGCCGAAAGGAGGACGAUAUAUCAUCGGCAUAUUCGUCCAUCUACCAUGCUGGCCAAAAGUAUCCUCGACGGAUACCGUCCAGCACAGUCUGAUCCAUAUUUGGGGCCCAGCCCAUCUCUCCCUCCACCGCUGAGCGAUCGCAUGAGGAAGAGAAGGGCCUUUGCCGACAAGGAGCUGGAAUCCAUCAUGCUGGAGCGGGAGUACAAAGAAAGAGAGCUGCGGGAUAACAGCCAGCCAGCCUCACUUCUUUUCCCCAACAGCAUGGUACAUCAUGCCGCUGAGUACAACUCCUACAAGACGGGCUACUCACCGGCCCCUCAGGUGGAGCCACAGUCCAAGGAGCUGUGUGGCUUCCUUGGCUCAAACUGCUUGGAUGUGUCCAUGCAGUACCCUGCUGGCUCAGCCAAUGUCGAGCUCAUCUCCUCCAACGUCAGCGUGGCCACCACCUACCGCCACUACCCACUGCAGCCCACCCGAAGUGGUUUCAUGAUAUGGCCCCGCGGCACCGCCAACCUGGGUGACACCCUACUCUAUCAGCAGUGCCUGUUCAAUGCCACAGCAGUGCAGAACAUGAAGCCAGGUGCUGUGUGGGAGCCCAAGGUGAUGCCUGCUGAGAGUCAGCCUCCGGAGCAAGACGUCGCCAUGGCAAAACUGGAAGGCUCCCGAGUGGCGGUACCGCAGGACUCUUUGGAUUCUCACCGGGAUGAUCCAAAGCCUGUGGGUGUCACUCAGGUUGGGCGGAGGGAAUGCUCGGCCUUCUCUCCCCCUAAGAUGAGCUUUGGACAAACAUUUUCCAACAACUCUCUGUCCAAACCUUCCAGCCAGGUCCUGAGCAAACUGAGCAAAGACAACACUAAACACAUGCUUUCCCUCAAGCUCAACUCCUUUCAUUCCCUGAUCCAGCACUCUGUGAGCGAAAAAAACGGCAGCGGGGCCGGGCCGGAGAUCAGAGCUCCCUACUGCAAAGAGUUGCUGGAGGAGGCCACUCACAAAUUCAGAGAAGGUUCUACCAAGGAUAUUCAGCCUGUGAAAGUAACUGACAGGUACACCAAAGAGUUUAUAACCACACCUGUGGGGACCAAGAUGGCAUCUGGUGAUUCUUUGUCCUUCUCAGUGGAAGCCAUUCUGAAACGCUCUGCGCCAGCCACGAGUCGAGCAUUCCUUUAAUUUCGAUGAAGUGACUUCUCUUGCACUAUAAGUGGCAGCUUGUUACUGCACCCAGGUCAUUUCGACAUGUGAUUGUGGGGACAAUCAGGCACUGUGUGAGAAAUUGCGCCGACCAGAAACUAUUUUCCACAUGUAAUAUUUAUGUAUAGUAUAUUAUAUUUUACAUGUGCAUGUAUAAUAAUGGAAUUGCCUUGAGUAUUUAAACAUAAUCACAAUGUUUUCCUCAUGUCAAUAAACUUUAUAAGAUUGAACUCUUCCCAUUAAAAAGUCUCAUGUUUGUUUUUUUUAUGCUCAAAUUAGAACUGUGAAUGUUGUAUCUUAGGAAAGAUGUUAUCCCUCACUGAAACAUCAUGCAUUUUGUUUUACACUUAACAAAUGUAAGUUUUCUGAUUAUCUGAUGUGAUGUGCUGUUAACACGGGGAAUAACGUAAGAAAUCUUAACAUGAAUUGGUGCAAAAAAUAUUUUCAAUCAACCGUUUAUAGUUAACUGUGGUUUUAUGUUAAACAUCAAAGUGUCACAAAUACUGAAACUGCACAUGUAAAUUUCGCCUUGCUAUCUAUCUUGCUAGCUCAUUAUCUAUCUUGCUAGUGAGAUAGCUAGCUAGAUCACUACAGAGAUAGAUAGCUAAAUAGCUAGCUAGAUAAUUAUGGUUUGACUGUUUGUUUGAAAAAAGCUCUUGCCAUAGAAUUUUUAAGUUACGUAUUUUUGCACUUUUCAUCUUUUUCCAAUACAUCUGGAAAACAAUAACAUUCACGUAGCUUGAGAGUUAUCAAGCAAAUUAUGUUAUAACUAUUUUUAAAAAGUACUUGUUUCAGAAUUUAAAUCAAAUAUUUUGUAUACCUGUCACCUUUUCCAAGGUGACAAGGACAAUUCAUCAUUUUAAUUUUGUAUUUUUUUGAACUGGGGCUAAGGUAAUACAAUUGUGUUAAAAUCUAUGUAGUACAAAUGUCUCAAAAGAUAAUUCUAUGCCAGUUAGGGGCUUCUUCAUGUGUCUCCAUCUCAUUUAAUUUGGCCUCACGUUCCGCUGCUGCAUCCUGAUCGUGAGCCUAUAAUUAAUCAU